AGAGAUGUCGGAGAAGAGGUUGGUGAGGGGGAUAACCAUACGUCUCUGGUGUAAAUAGGCACACCAAAACCUCAUGUUUCACCCCCUAGUCUCCACCAUACGGACGCAGACAUGAAUUCGGCCGAGCAGACGGUAACGUGGCUCAUCACGCUGGGGGUCCUGGAUUCACCCAAGAAGCGGAUCUCGGAUCCGGAGAGCUUUCUCCAGUCUUCCCUGCGGGACGGAGUGGUGCUGUGUAGACUGCUGGAGCGGCUGCGACCCGGGACGGUGCUGGGCAAAGUGUUCUCUGACCCGCGAGCGGAGAGCGAGUGCCAGAGUAACAUCAGCGAGUUUCUGCAGGUCUGCAGCGUCUUCUCCGUGGAGCCCUUUGAGGCCAGCGAUCUCCUGCAGGGCCAGGACAUUUCCAGGGUUCUCACCUGCCUGGUGGCCCUCAACAAAGCUACCGAAGAAAGGGGUCCGGUGGAGGACGACGUGUGCCUGCGCCACCCCAUCUCCUCAUCGCGGAUCAAGUCCUUUGAGUCCUUGAACACUCAGUGCCAGUCCUCCAAGCUGCUGCAGCCGCAGUACCGAAGCCUGGACAUGUCAGAGGGCAGUGGGUGUGGCCAGACGCUAGUGAAGGCCCGCUUCCCCUUCCAGCAGACCAAUGAGGACGAGCUGUCCUUCUCCAAGGGCGACCUCAUUACCGUCCUGCGGCAGGAGGAGGGGGGCUGGUGGGAGGGGGCCCUCGGGGGCCGGACCGGGUGGUUUCCAAACAACUACGUGCGGGAGGUCAAAGACAGCGAGAAGCUGCUGUCUCCGAGGUCUGGCACCCUGAAGAGCCCCCCGAAAGGCUUUGACACCACCAUCGUCAACAAGACCUACUACAAUGUGGUCUUGCAGAACAUCCUGGAGACGGAGAGUGAAUAUUCCAGAGAGCUCCAGAGUCUUCUCGUCUCCUACCUGCGCUCUCUUCACCCCACAGAGAAAUUGUGUAGCCCCGACAUCGCUCUCAUCCAGGGAAACUUGGAGGAGAUCUCCACCUUCCAGCAGAUGUUGGUUCAGUCCCUGGAGGAACGUACCAAGCUGCCCGAGGCCCAGCAGCGUGUGGGAGGGUUCUUCCUGGGUCUGAUGUCCCAGAUGAAGACUCUGUACAUGGCCUACUGCUCCAACCACCCCUCCGCCGUCAACGUCCUCACACAGCACAGUGAGGAGCUCGGGGCCUACAUGGAGUCCAAAGGGGCCUGUGUGCCGGGGAUCCUGACUCUGACCACAGGGCUGAGCAAGGCCUUCACCCGGCUGGACCGCUACCCCACCCUGCUGAAGGAGCUGGACCGGCACAUGGAGGACCAUCACCCUGACCGAGCGGACCUCCACACCUGCAUGACGGCCUUCAAACUGCUGGCGUCUCAGUGCCUGGAGGUGAGGAAGAGGAAGGAGCUGGAGCUGCAGAUCCUCACGGAGCCAAUCAGGAACUGGGAGGGCGAUGACAUCAGAACCCUUGGCCCGGUCCUCCACAUGGUCCAGACCGGUGUCUUCACUCAGGGCUGCCUGGAAAGGAAUGAGCGCUACCUCCUUCUCUUCGCUCACACCCUGCUCAUACUCUCCCCCAGCCCCAGGAUGAGUGGGUUCAUCUACCAGGGGAGGAUCCCGCUGUCCGGAAUGCUUAUCUCCCGGAUGGAAGACGGAGACAACAUCAGGAACGCUUUUGAAAUAUCCGGCAGCCAUUGUGAGAGGAUGCAGGUGACCUGCAACAGCCAUGAGGAGCUCCAGGAGUGGCUGGACCUGCUCACCAAACACACACACACGCCCUCGGCACACGCGCACACACCGGCCCAACCGCCCGCCACUCACACGCCAACCCCCCACCCAGCCACCCCCUCCAGGCACUCAGAGUCCUGUGGUGGCGGCGGCGGCGGUCCCUUCGGCUUCGGGGGCGGGACCCCCACAGGCUACCACACCCUGCCCCACAUGGCCCCCUCCUCCACCCCCACCUACGGGUCCUUCGGCGGGGGCUCGGUCUGGGGCAGCCUGGAGCCGCCCUCCAGCCCCCGGCCGUGGAGCCAGAGCUGCCUGCGCCCCGCGCCCCCGCUGCGGCCCUCCGCCACCCUCUGCUACAAGGAGGACCAGAAUAAAAGUCCAAAGAACAUGAAGAAGCUGCUGCCCAAGAGGAAGCCGGAGAGGAAGCCCUCAGAGGAGGACUUCACCGCCAGGAAGAGUACGGCAGCGCUGGAGGAGGACGCCCAGAUCCUUAAAGUGAUUGAGGCGUACUGCACCAGCGCCCGCACCCGCCAGACCCUCAACUCCACCUGGCAGGGCACCGACCUCAUGCACAAUCACGUGCUGGCCGACGCCCACCUCGUCGUGACCGUGGACGCCGCCACCGCCCCGGCCACGGGCGCGGUGCCGUGCGCUGACCAAUCAGAGGACUCGGAAAAUGACAGUGUCUGGAUCUCGCCUAGCUACAGGAUGAUGUCGCUGCAGCACUCCAGCCGCAAGGACGUGCACGUGCUGUUCCCCGAGGAGGAGAAGAUCAUCGUGGAGGAGAUGAAGAGCAACGGCCAGACCGUGGUGGAGGAGAGAAGCCUGGUGGAUACAGUGUACGGUCUGAGAGAUGAAGUCCAGGACCUCAAACAGGACAACAAGAGGAUGCGUCGCACGCUGGAGGAGGAGCAGAGGGCGAGGAAGGAGAUGGAGCGGGUGGUGCGGCGCGUGCUGAAGAACCUCAACGACCCGUCCUGGGACGAGACCAACCUCUGAGCAACGAGCGGGCGAGAGAGCCAGAGACAUGCAGGCGUGAGGGAUUUAGAAACGUAAAGGCCCGAACUCUGACCGUUGCCUCGUUUCCUAAUCUAGGACUACUUUGAACUUUUGAAUGGUGUUCUACUGACGACUAAAGGAUCAAAAUGAAGGAAAAAAUAGAUCAGAAGCCAUUACCUGACCAAACAAGCCAUACACUACCGACCAAAACGCUGUGAUAUGCCACAUAGGCUCAGGGACGUGAUGUCUCGUCCACUUCCUGUUUUGCGAAUGAUGACACUUUCCUGUCGUCCAUUCUUCAGUCCCUUCCCCCUGCACUUAACUACGUUUUUUUUUCUUAAUAAUUUUUGGAUCUUCACAUUCCCAAUCAGGUUGAAACACCUUUCUUGCGCUGCCCGAUUCUAUCGUUUCCUUUCAUCACCAGAAGUGUUAUUCCUUUAUAUCUAUCUACAACAUUAUACAACGUAUGACUGUACCUUUACAGAUUGAAGAACUACUGUUAAUCAAACAAAAACUCUUUGUUGCCAAAAUGAAUUGUACUUGAACAAGAAUUCCAGGCUCCCUAGCCAGCGCCAUUUUAACUCCCUUUAAGUCUCACAAACCCGUCGAAAGUGCGGUUCACCUUGGAGUCCUCCAUCUUACACUGGAGGUAAGUGUGUCUUUUUUACACGUUCAAUUUACUUAAAGGAGACAUAUUAUGGUGUUUUCCCAACAAGUAAACAUAGUAUAUGAGUUCCAGGAAAAAUGUUUUUGAUGCUGUUGGCUGGAAAUAGCUUUUAGGAAAAAAUGUAAUAUUAUAUCUAAAAUCAACACCAAAAGCUAUGUACUCCUCGGAUGAUAUUAUGAAUCAUAAAGACAUCUCUGGUACUUCCACAACAAGUAAAGACUCGUAGUGGUGGUUAUCUCAGCCAUGGUGGAGAAGAAUUAGGGGAAAGGAGCUUUGGCCAUGACUCUAUGAACCACGACAUGGAGGAGAAAGGGAUUGAA